CUAUAUUCCUCUGACACCUUUACUGGGACCUGUGUCUGACCUGUGGAUACCUGGGCCUUAGCCAUGCCUCUCACAACUCCUGCCCCUUCUAACAAGAGGAAGAAGACCAACAAGAUCAUCACUGACCUGUCCAACGUCAGCCAGAAUGAUGAUGAGUCAGACCCCGAGGCCUCUGAGCUCGACCUGGGCACCAAGAUCAAGACGCCCAAGGACGUGAUGCUGGAGGAGCUCUCCCUGCUCUCGAACAAGGGCUCCAAGAUGUUCAGGAUGAGGCAGCAGAGAGUUGACAAGUUCAUCGUGACCAACGAGAACAUGCAGAACCUCCAGAACCUGCUGAUGUCCCCUCCCCCUGUUCCACCAAAGCCUGAGAUGCCAAAAGAAGAGGUGGUGGAGACAGUGGAUGAGGAGGCGGAGAAGGAGAAGAGGAGGAAGGAGUAUGUACGCACCUAUGUAUCACCAUGGGAACGGGCCAUGAAGGGCAACGAGGAGCUGACAGCCACCAUGAAGGCUGCCAUGCCGGGACCCAUCCAGAGCCACCCAGACCUGCCUCACUACAAGAGCUUCAACAGAAUGGCGUUGCCAUUUGGUGGUUACGACAAGGCGUCCAAGAUGCUGACCUUCGAGCUCCCAGAGCUCAACGUUGCCACCGAGGAGCCAGAGCCUGUGCCCAAUCUGCAGGCCGACAUCCGUUCACGCCCCUCGUUCAACCGCACACCCAUCGGCUGGGUCUGCAGUGAAGACAACUCGCACAUCCACAUGGACCUGGACAACAUCACCUUCGAUGGAGAGACAGAUGACCUGUGAAAACACAUGCAGACAGAACAUGUAGCCCAAAACACAAACAGAUUAAAAGUACAUGCACUAGAACUCAUGGACACACACAUACAUGAGAGCAUUAGGCAGAUCAUAAUU